UUUGGUUAUCGUAUUCGUUAAAUGUUGUAUUGUUAUGUAGUAAUUUUUUUUUUUUUAGGUGAUUGCGUGACAUUUUUGAAAAAUAUACUACAGUUGUAGUAGUAGUAGUAGCAGUAACAGUGUAUUUAUAAAUAUAUAAUCAUAUUUAGAAGACUUGAAUUUUCUUCUGAAUAUUCUGAAUAAUAUAAGCAAAUUAUAUCGAUUUCUCGGGCUUACAAGGUCAGUUCAAAGAAGUGUGCAUGUCUGUGCUUGUCAAACACUUUAAUACCACUUGAACAAUGUCAUCAAAACCAAUAUUGUUAAAGGAGAAACCAUUUGUCGACAUGGAAGACAUCAAUAUACAAAUUGAACCAUGUAAAACAUAUUUUAGUGAUGGGUGUGUUGAAACUGCAGGAACUGAUGAAACAGAUUUACUGAGAGGAGAAUCAAAAACUGAUUCUAAUGAAUCUACUAAUAAUUGGCCAUCAUGGUUACUUACAAAAUCAGCAGUAAUUGGUUCUAGUGCAUUGAAUACAGUUGAUUACCUCGGGGAAUCUUUGGCUAAUUUUUUUGGUAUCACUACACCUAAAUAUCAAUUUGAAAUAAAUUAUCACAACAACAUAAUGCAAGAAAUGAAAGCAGAAAAAAUUGUCAAUGAAGAAAAUAUGAAAGGAUGGACUCAACAACCUCAAAAAUCUACGAUAACGGCAGAACCGUGUUAAGUUUACAUUUAAUUCUUUUGAUUUUGUUUUAAAAAAUACUAAUAAUUUAUACAAUAAAUAAUAUAUGGUUUGUUAAAACUACUUUACUCUACAA